AUGGAGAAGAAGCGCAAGAAUAAGAAAGGGAAUGUUGUGAAAUGGCUGAGAGAAGAUUUCUUCAUCUCAGGUCCAUCCAUCUUUUACAACAACAUCUCCAAAGUGGCUAAGGCCUUUGGUGAGCAUCUCUCCCCCCCGCAGAUCACAGAGCUUGUCCUGAAAGCAAUCAGGUCGCUCACACACGAAGACAAGAACAUUUCUCAGGCCGCGGGACUGCUGCUCAGCUCCUUCCUGGAGGAAUGUGGGAUGGACAUGGAGGAACUGCCCAUGAUUAUCAAGGAAGUUUACAGCCGUCUCCCCAAGAUUACUGACCCGGCCACCAAAGAAGAAACGCUGCAGUCAGUGUGUCACCUGGCUUCGAAACGUCUGAACGGAGUGGUAGACAUGCUUCUGGAGUGUUCGGUGGAGUGCGAUAACAGUGCAACACAGAUAUGGAGGGCACUGGUUGCAGACCCGUAUUCCAAUGCCAAGAUUAUGAGACCCCUCCUGAAAAGGCUGCAGGACGAAGAGCCCAUUUCGGAAAGCAACAUGAGGCGAAACAGCAAGUCUAUCAUGCCAAUUGCGGCCACCAAUGCUCUGAGCGUCAUCCUCUCCUUGCCUGAGGCUUCUGAUGCUCUCCAGAACAAAUUCCCCAACCUGCUAAUUGCACUGGCCACGCAGAUCUAUUUCGUGAUGGGGACAGAGAAGCAUGGAUCCAGGAAAACAAGCGUGGCCUCUGAGGUUCUGCCACAAUCCACCCCAUUGAGCACUGCCGUGCAAGCUCUAAAAAACCUGAUUGUGUGUGCCGGCUACAAAAAGGAGUACAAUGCUUUGGGGUCAGUAGGCUGCUGGGGCAUGCUGUCAACUCCAGAGACUUAUUUUGAUGGCAUUCUUCACCUGGUCAGGACCUUGUUUAUGUUUUCCAAACUGCACCUCAAGAUGAUGUUCAAACAGGCCAACACGUACUUGCGCCGUCCUGAUUCAAAAGAGAGGACCAUUGGGAUGGCAUUCUUCACUGAGCUUCUCUAUCACCGUGAGAUAGGACUCUUCUUCAUGAAGCAAGACAUCCUGGAAAUUCUGCACGAAUGGUUGAUGCAACCUUAUCCCACGUUCCGAGCAUUCAGCAUUCGGGGUCUGGGUUACCUAAUGCAGCACUCCCUUGAGAAUGAGUUUUUAGAGCCUGUUUUGAUUCCCCUGAUAAACUGUGCUAGCGAACAAGACAAGAAUGUUGCCAGAGAAUCUAUCAAGACUCUUCAAUAUGCAUUCCGACAUCUGGAUGCUGAGAUCUAUGGAUACAAGGCAACCACUCUUAUCCCACACCUCUUGAAGUAUUUCAGUGAUGAAGACAGUGAACUGCGAUAUUCCUCCAUCGUUCUAUUUGGGACACUCUUGAAAGGAGUGAGAGAGGCACAAAGAGGCAUCAUGAUGGAAGACAUCCUUCGAAAUCUUGUUCCUCUCUUUAUCCAGCUCGCAGAUAGUUGCACCAGAGAAGUCUCCAGGAAUACACUCAACACCUGUGCCUCCUACAUGAACUGGAUGGACAUGCCCAAAAACCUGUUUGAUUAUGAAAUACAUGCCAGUCUCAACAACUUGUACUUAAACAUCUGCCAGUUCAUUGCACUGAAAUACAAGCAAAGGUUUCCCACAAUGCUAACUCAGAUGACGAGUUAUCUGAAGAGCAAGAAUGCCUGCUAUCGAGAGGCAGCUGCCAUAUUAAUUGCAUGCAGUGCCCAGUACAUGAAACCAGAUGUAGUCACCGCGAAAGAAGUUGAAGAUGCUUAUCUGGCGCUCUGGGACCUUCAGGGCGAUUGCGAAGCUUCUGUGGCCAAGGUUGCUGUGGAGUGUAUGGAGGAAGUGUUUCGACACUGCGGCCAUCGCAUUAACCCGAUCCUCAUUCCCAGUCAGCUCCUCACCAAGAUAGCCAGGAACAUAUCCAAGCUGUCCGCUGAGAAGAAGCAGUGA